AUGGAUUCUUCGAAAGCAGAGGAAUUCGCUGAAGUUUUAUCCAAGCCUAUUAGAUCUCUUCCAUAUGAUAUACCUGGACAGACCUUCGUGGCGUUUGAGAAGCCAGAAGGAGUCCCAGCUGUGGACAAAUUUUCAAAUAUGUUAAAAUUCAUUGUUACAAAGGUUGAUCCAACCACUGGUGAGACAGAGGAUGAUGGUGUUGAAGAUGAAUACCAGCUAGAGGACCUGGAGGUUGUAGCAACUGAUUACAUGUUGAAAGUGAGGGUCUCUAAUUUCAGAAAUGCAUGGGAAAGCAUGGGUGAUGACUACAAAUUGAUAAUGUUGUUCACAAAUAAUUGUAUCAUGCCAAGUUCAAUCGAUGGAUUAAAGAAUUUUGCUACAAAUGACUUGUAUAUCUUUUAA